AUGCGCUCCUCGAUUCUUAAUCUAGCUUCCCUGGCGCUGGCCAGCGGAAGCGUUGCCGCGGCCUCGCCCGUGGGCAGCAACUCCACGACGCCCUCGUGCAAGUAUCUCCCCGGCGACGAGGGAUGGCCGUCCCCGUGUGAGUGGGCGAAGCUGAACGCGACCGUCAGCGGGCGUCUCGUGGCUACGGUCCCAUUGGGAACUCCAUGCCACGGCGCGAACUACAAUGCGACUGAGUGCGCACGGCUGCAGGAUGAGUGGCUUUACUCCGAGGUUCACAUGGAGUCCUCUUCUUCCGUGAUGGCACCCCUGUUCGCGAACGCGAGCUGCGAUCCCUUCCUGCCGCAAAAUGCUUCGUGCACUCUGGGCAACUAUGUCAGCUACGCCGUCAAUGCUUCCGGGCCUGCGGACAUCCAGGCGGCGUUGAAGUUUGCCGAUGAGAAGAAUGUGCGUUUCGUCAUCCGCAACACCGGCCACGACUACAAUGGCCGCUCCACCGGCGCCGGUGGUCUUGCCGUCUGGACCCACUACAUGAAGGGCACCGAGAUCGUCGACUGGGAGGAUGAGCAGUACGUCGGGAAGGCUCUCAAGGCCGGCGCCGGUAUUCAAGGUUUCGAGGCCAUUGCUGCAGCUAAUGAGGCUGGCUUGGUUGUUGUGACCGGAGAAUGUCCUACUGUUGGUCUCGCUGGAGGAUAUAUCCAGGCUGGUGGACACAGUGCCCUUGCAACCAUCUAUGGUUUGGCUGCCGACAAUACUCUGUCUUUCGACGUCGUCACUCCCACCGGAGAGCUCGUCACGGCAUCUCGAACUGAGAACCAAGACCUUUACUGGGCUCUUAGCGGAGGUGGCGGCGGCAACUACGGCGUCGUGACCUCUAUCACUGUCAAGGCUCAUCCCGAUGCCCCCGUCGCCGGCGCCAAGUUUGCCGUGACUGUCGACACCAACAAUACGGCACUGCUGUACUCCGUCAUUGAUGUCUUCCACGCCGCCCUCCCUGCUAUCGUCGACCAGGGUGUCAUGAUCAUCUACUUCUUCGGCCCCGGCUUCCUGCAGUCUCCCGCUAUGACUGCCUACAAUAAGACCCAGGCCGAGGUUGAGACAAUUCUCAAGCCUCUCACCGAUGCUCUCGCGCUCCUGGGUGCCGACCUCGAACCCACUUACACUGCUUUCGACAACUACCGCGACCACUACAACAACUACUGGGGCCCUCUUCCCUCUGGUAAUAUCCAAGUUGGAACCCAGCUCUUCGGCGGCCGUCUACUCCCCCGUUCCAAGCUUCCCGAGUUCGGCCCUACUGCCCAGGCUCUCGUCGAGCUCGGUGUCACCUAUAUUGGUGUCGGACUGAACGUCUCUCACUUUGGCGGUGACAACGCCGUCCUGCCUCAAUGGCGCGACUCCAUCGUCCAGGUCUCUCUGACCCUGCCCUGGAGCUUCGAGGUCCCCUACUCCGAGAUGGUCGCCGAGCAAACCCGCAUGACCGAGGUCGUCCAGCCUGUCAUCGAGGCCGCCACUCCCGGCGCCGGUGCGUACAUCAACGAGGCCGACUUCCAGCAGAAGGACUGGCAGAACACAUUUUACGGUGUCAACUACCCUAAGCUUCUUGAGAUCAAGCAGAAGUACGAUCCCAAGGGACUGUUGUACAACGUUGCUGCUGUUGGCAGCGAUGCCUGGUCCGUUGCCAACGACGGACGCAUGUGCCGUAGCUGA